AUGCUGAAAGAGGCGCAGGAGAUCUUUUUAUCUAUCUGCGCGUUCGAGAAAGGCGCUUUUCUCCCUCUCCAGUUGGCGUUUACAAACGUUAUCCUCGGAUUAUGGGCGAUCGUGCCCAACACUGACCCUCGUAACCCCAAGACCCUCAAAAACUGGAUUCCAGAAGUGAUUCUGUGCAGAAACGGUCACUUCGUGGCGAGCUGCAUCCCCCUUUUUCAGAAGAGGGGCUCGCCGACAAAUCUGUUUCUGGAUGCAGCCAAGACUGAGGUUCAGAUUUCGGCUAUGGGUGACGGGGAAACAGACUCGGACAUGUUUCUCGAGCUCCCGGUGAAAGACUGGAAGUGCGACGAGGAUGCAGGGUGCGUUUUGACAGGGAAGCCCUGUGGGACUCUUGCCAAUUGCUUUGACAGAAAAGCAACGGAGAGCAAGGGUGAUGCUGACGAGACGUGA